AUGAUCCCGCUCCUUCCUCCGCCAUCCUCGCCAGACUUUUCGCCGGCGUUAACCAAAGCAUUGCAGACUAUUUUCGACACGCUAUAUGCUAUCGGUAACAAUGCUGCAGAGGCUUCGAGAUCUGCUGCGGUUGAUGCUUACCGUGCUACUGUUGCCGUUCGUGACAUGACGAGGGUUGUCCAGGAGUUGAUUGCACGCAUUGAUCCCGGGAAAAAAGUAAAGAACAGCUCUACAGUUCCCGUGUUUGACCAUGUCGAAGGACAGUCUGAUACAAUUGGAACGCAGUCUCACCCUGUUUCACGCAAGAACAAGGUCAAGGCCUGCUACUACGGAGAAAACCGCCGCCAAAGCAACGCGUUCACCUUCCCGCAGUGUACGUCUACCGGUCCAAGUGAGACUACGGCAAUGCCUACACCAGCGCCUAUGUUCGUCCUCGAUACGCCGGAGAAUGUCAGAGUCAUCGAGGAGUACCACCAUACCCGUUCAGCCGACGACAGGAUGCUCAGUGAUGACCUUGAACUGAGCAUGGAGUGCGACUGUGAGCAGUGUCAGGAGUUGUUGACGUCGUCUGCGGACCCAGUGGAAGAGCGAGUGGAGACGACCGAGGAACUGCGCACAGAAGGUGUUCGACCAACUUUUCUCGAGUUCACCGCCGACGACUUGGUUUCUGGCUUCUACAACCAACCUCAAGGCGUUGCAUCGUCUGUUUACGACGCGUCACCUUCCUCGGAUGUUCUUGUCGAUGUCGGCACCCCCAUUAUUGGUACACCCCGUAUGGCCUUCGUGAACCCUGCACCCUCUUCAACCAUGUCAACACCUAUGAAGCUCUCCGCCGGAGGGCUACUCGACGGGUUUGAUGAGGUUGAGCUCAAUCGCGCCUAUUGGAGCACCAUUGACCUUACCAAGGAGGAUGGGGAGAUGGAUGAUGAAAUUGUUGUCGAGAUGCUCGAGAGGGUGUAUCCCAUCACUUGGCAAGACCGGAUGAAGGCCUAUCAGGUGCUGGCUACUACUGGACAGAUCGCCCUUCUUGGUCUGUGUGGUGAGCCUGACAUUACGGAAGCAAUUGUUGCGUUUUACAGAGCAUGGAUUGUUUACAACUUGCCGGAAGAGAUGAAAGCUGUUCCCGCGUUGAAGGUUCCCAAGUACGUUGCGGAAGCCAUCUUCCUCAUGAACCUCCAUGACGAAGAAGGUCGUAUUCCUCAGACAUUCUUGAAGAAAGUUCCUGUUGCGAACGGAUACCAAGCAGGAUAUGUCAACCUUCUACGCCCCUUUGACGCGGAAGCCUAUGAAGACGAAGGAAGCUCCCCAAUCGACGAAAUCAUGCAGCAGUCCACGUCGAGUGAGGAUGUUGAAGAGUCCUGCGGCUCCACGAGUGCCCCCGUGCCAGGGCUGAACAUGAGUAUUGUUACAAGACAUGGCGAGCUUGGAGGUGCAGUUACCGAUAUCUAUGAGGAUGGAGAGGCGUCACCAGUGAAGGAGACCGUUGUCGAUUCAACUGUCCUUGGCGACAACAAGUCGCACAACAUACGUCCUGACAUGCGCAUGUCGGAUUCCAUCACCCCUCCCAGAGCCGGUGAUGAUAUCUUCGCGAAAGCUGCUGUCAGCAAGCGUUUCAACAAGGACUUCGCAAAGGUUAGACCUGUUACCAGCAAGGACGAGAAUGCCGGCCCUUCAACAUUGAGCCUCUUCACUUUCAAGUACGUGACGAAAGCUUGUUCGGACUCGGGUGAGAAGAGGGGAACGUUCGAGUACGAAGCUGUGCACAGUGCUAUGAGUGAUUCUGAUGAGGAGGAAGGAAAGAAAGGUGGUCGCAUGGUGUUCAGGGCAAGGCCGUGA